UUAAGACCUUAGAGCACGUUAUAUAAUUAAUGCAAUUCAAGUGUGGUUAUAUGUAAAUAGAUGUUGGGCUCUCAAGGAAUUGACCUGUAGAUUUUGGAAAAUAAUAUGACACCUUUAAAAUACUCCUAUAUAAGAUUUGUGAAUGAAAAAUUAAAAAAAGAAUUUCAAAAUUCUUUGAAUUUUUUUAACAUCCUCCUAUACCCCUAUUCCUAUGUCCUAUGUACAAACUACUCCCUCUAUGUUCAAAAAUAGUUGUUCACGAUAGAUUUGACACAUUUCUUAACAAUCUAUAAAUAAAAGGGUGAUUUUAUUAUAUCACCCUUUAAAUAUAUAGCAGAGAAAACAUUACAUAGCAUUCAGAAAAGAAAAAAAAACAUAAACACCAACAAGUUAAUACAAUAACCGAUAAAAAAAUAACAGAUAGUAAUACAAAUCGUCGGGAAAAAAACCAGGAGACUAAUACUAAUACUACUUAUAUGCAAAGAGAAAAAGGUAAAAAGGAACACUUGGCUAAGGUUUUCACUUGCACGUUACAAAAGGUAGAAAAAGAAAGUGAAAUAAACUAUGAUUGUGUUGCUACAUAUAACCGUUAUAUAACGGAUCCAUAUGUUAUACCGGGCUACAUAAUUCAAAUAUUUGGUUAAUAAAGCAAAAAAGCUUAUUCCACUUUACACUUUUUAUCCCUCCUUCCCAAUAUUGAACUAUUCUUUCAACAUUCAUAUAAUAUAUAGUUUUUAAUUCUUAUAAAAGACUUCUCAACGUUAUCAUUCAAACAUUUUCCUAUCUAACUCUCCUUAAUUCCCUCCCUCACUAUGGGUUCUUGCAUUAGUAAAUGCAAUCCCCAAAAAAAUAGUCAAGAAGAUGAUGAUGAUCAACAUCAUGAAUGUGUUAAAGAUAAACUUGUGAUAUCACAAGCUCCCCUAUCACCAAAAAUCCAUGUUCCUUCUUCAACUAUUCAACCACCUCGAAAACUUAUAUCUUCUUCUCCUUCUUCGUCUUCUUCUUCUUGUUCAGUAUCUCUUUCAUCGUUUUCCUCUACUGCAACCAAUGUUACGUUAUCUUCAUCUUUGUCAUCGUCAUCUUCCUCCUCUUCCUCCUCUUAUUUCAAGGAUCGUUCUUUCUCGAAUGAUUUCUUAUUGUCUUGUGCACGAGAACAUGACCAUAUACUUGACAUCAAGAAAAACCAAGUUAGUCAUCAAACUACAUCAACCAUGUCUACAAUUGGCAAGAAAUAUACGCGAUCACCAUCAUCAUCAUCAUCAACCACUCUGUCCAAACCACCAAGUCCUCGAAGAGAGUGCAAUUCAACAACGACCCCUAAGAAAAGGCCACGUGCCAAUUCACCAAUCAUGGUUAGACAAAAGAGUUUUAGAAAAGAACAUGAUCAACAACUCAUGAUCAAAGGAGGUAACAUUGGUAAUAAUAAUACUUCAAGUAUUACCUCCACCUAUCAUCAUUUUCCUAGUACUAGAACAACCCUAAAAUCACCAUCUCCAAGUCGAAGAUUUCCUCCAAAUUCGAAUGGUGACAUGAAGGAGAACUCAUUUAGAAAAUCAAUAGCUUCAAAAGGUAACAAUGGAAGUGUUAUAUCAAGAUCAUCAUCUCUAAGAAGAGAGAAUCAUUUCACUCCAAAAAAUGAAGGAAAAAUUAGAAAUAAUGUUUUUCCAAUUUCUCCAAAGAUUGAUGAAAUGGAAAUUGGAGAAGAAGUGAAGUCAAAUGAUCAAGAUUUGGACUCAUUACUCAUGGAGGAUAUUAAUAAUCCUCUUAUUGCCUUGGAUUGUUUUAUUUUUCUCUAGAGAUAUACAUGGUUUUGAUACAUUUUUUUGUUUUUUUGCUUCACUUUUUAUGGGUCUCAAGAGGAAUUGAACCCAUAAAUUAAUGGUGAAAGUAUGGCACUUUCAACCAUAUUGUUAAGACUUGUCUUGUUUGGAACGACAAGCUAAGCAUGUUCAUAACGUGUCAUUUUUUUUCUUUGAUCUUUUUUUCGAGUUUACAAGUAUUGUACAUUCCUUUGGAAAA